AUGCGAAUUGACGCCUUGGUUUUAUCGUCCAUUACUUCACCGACUCCAGCAGUGAAGAUUGACAUGAAUCAAUGGCCAUACUUGAGAGGCAUAGAUUUGGCGGACAACCAGUUUGGUACGCCUGGAAUUAUCGACGUUCUUAUUGGCGCGGACGUGUGGGGGCGUCUCAUAGAGGGUGAAGUCAUCGGUGGAAGACCAGACGAACCUUUUGCCCAGCGUACCCGCUUCGGAUGGGUGGUGUUUGGUCCAGCAGCAGUGACCCUUCCUGCAAAGGAAGCAUUGCUCACACUCACCACUUCGCUAGACAGGGAGGACCACCGGUUGGAGGAACUGGUGUCAAAGUUCUGGCAAAUGGAAGAAAUAGCGGUGGUUGACAAUCUGCCAGAGAACGAGUGUGAGCAGAUUUUCGAUACCACUCAUAGCCGUACCCCAGACGGCCGUUAUAUGGUACAGUUACCCUUGCGGCAAAAGGCAACGGAACUGGGUGACUCGUACACACACGCACUACAGCAAUUUCAUAGACUAGAGCGUCGUAUGGUUGCGGAUCCAGUCCUUAGGGAAAACUACAUUUCAUUUAUGAGGGAGUAUGCAGCACUUGGUCACAUGGAGACAGUACAACCACCUUACAAUCACACCAAUUGCUACUACAUUCCACACCAUGCGGUCACAGCUAAGUUCCGCGUAGUGUUCAACGCAUCGGCACCUACCAGCACUGGAAUCUCACUGAACGAUGUCCAACUGGUAGGUCCAACGCUUCAGGAUUCGUUGAGUAGUAUUCUUUUACGUUUCCGUCGCUAUCGAGUGGCGAUAACAGCAGAUAUAGAGAAGAUGUUCCGGCAAGUGCUGGUUGCACCUGAACAUCGCGACUAUCAACGAAUUAUAUGGCGUGAGUCUCCUGCAGACGAUAUCCGAGUAUAUCGCCUGAAGACUAUAACAUAUGGUAUGGCAUGCAGUCCUUACAAUGCAGUACGAACUUUACAACAAUGUGCUCGUGACAAUUCCGCUGUGGUUCCUGACGUACUACAGGCGGCUCGCGCUCGAACUGCGAUAUUAACUUCGUUUUAUGUGGACGACUUCUUGACAAGUUGUGACAGCGUUAUCGAUGCAGUGGAGCUGGCUAAAAAUGUGGACGCCAUUUUAUCCGCGGGAAAGUUCACGCUAAGAAAAUGGAACUCGAACGAUAGUCAGGUGAUGAUGCGUUUAUCUAAUGAGCAAUCUCUUUCUAGUUAUAUAUUCCAUCCUGGUGAGGCUUCCGUUUUGGGUUUAAGAUGGGACGCACUGUCGGAUCAGUUAUUCUUUCGCGUCGAUCUACGUCAAAGAGGAGAGAUACCCACAAAGCGCCGUGUACUCAGCGAGGUAGCAAGACUCUUUGAUCCUACUGGAUUGUUAGCGCCUGUUAUCGUAACUGGGAAGAUAUUCAUUCAGAGACUGUGGUCUACCGGUCUAUCUUGGGACUCACCAUUACCUGACGAUCUUUGCCGUGAAUGGCUGAAGUAUCGGGCACAGCUUCCAGAGCUUAAUCAAAUACGAAUCGAGCGGUGGAUGGGCAUGAUUCCACGCGUUGAAACAUCAUUUCACGGGUUUUGCGAUGCUAGCUCACACGCGUAUGCAGCGGUGAUUUAUGCGAAGACAUUGCACACAGACGGUUCUGUACGUUUCACUCUUCUGACGGCACGUACCAGGGUAGCACCACUUAAAGCUACUACCAUCCCACGCCUAGAACUUGCGGCAGCGCUACUUCUUACUGAAACAUUCCAGAAUGUGCGGGUUUCUUUGGGACUAGUUGACGUUCCCUACUAUCUAUGGUCGGACUCUGCUAUCGUAUUAUGUUGGUUGAGAAAGGAUCCAACAACACUAAAACCAUUCAUAUCAAAUCGUGUUCGUAGAAUACAGGAGCUGACAUCCCCCACGCGAUGGCAUCACAUUCGUUCUGCUCAUAACCCAGCUGAUUGUGCCAGCAGAGGCAUCACCCCUGGAGAGCUACUAGCACAUCCACUCUGGUGGCAUGGACCUAAGGAAGCAGAGAUGAUCUAUUCGGACAGUAGUGACGUUCCUCUCAGCAAGGAUGAGUCAGAUAUAUUACUCACCGAAAUACGUACAAGUUGA